UGUACGUGAUUGGUCAAAUUUAAUUGUACAACAACCGUUUGAUCGCAGUAGCCAUUUCUUUGCAAUUCGGCAUCGAGUCGUGGUCCUUUCGUGCUGGAAUUUUCCUAAAUUAUGACGGAGACACAGCAAAGAGCAAAAUGUAUCACUUUGAAAGGUUCCGCUGAAUUGGUUAAGCAAUACCUUCAGUAUGGAGUCAACAGUAUACUCUAUCAAAGAGGAAUAUAUCCGCCGGAGAUGUUUCAACCUGCCGAGCAUUUCGGACUGUUUAUCUUCAUGUCCACGGACGACAAGAUUACAACUUUCUUAGACACCGUUCUGGGACAGAUUCAAGAAUGGUUGAUGCAGCGCAAAGUACAGAAAAUUGUUCUUGUCAUUACAAAUGUCAAUACAAAAGAGGUGUUGGAAAAAUGGGACUUCAAGGUCGAAUAUGAAGGCCAAAAGCCAAAUGGAGUUGACAGCAAUACUAAGGCUGAUUUGCCUGAAGUAGGAACAAAGGAUGCAAAAACUAUACAGAAGGAGAUACGAGAAGUGAUACGUCAGAUCACAGGUACGGUAAGUUUUCUACCCCUCUUGGAUUGUCAGUGUUCCUUCGAUAUACUUACGUACACUGUACCUGACUGCAAUAUUCCUAAUAAAUGGGACGAGACUCAACCAGUUUUCAUCGCAAAUAGUCAAGAAGUACAGCUUAGAUCGUUUUCAACCUCCAUACAUAAGAUGGAAACUAUAGUGAGUUACAAAAAUACUUAGAAAGUCAUUUCCUUUUUUCUUCACAUACAAUGAUUAUUCAAAUUUCACUUUGCACUUUAUCUGGGCAUGUGUUGAACACCUCUACCAAAGACUAAUUAUUAACGGCUGUUCUAUAUGAAUUGAUGAACGAAUCGCAUGGUGAUACUUCCGUACAAUAUCUGUAAUAUUUUUUACCCAAGGUGUAACAACAUGUGUGCAAGUAUCUUUGAAAUGUUUAUACGAAUAUUUUUAAAAAAAAAGAGGAACGAUCUCUCUUUGUCAGCUAUACAUAGGAUGUUCAAAAAAAAGGGAAUAUUAUUGUAGGUCAUAUUGUACAUUAAUGAAUGACAGUUGUCAACAAUAGUGGACAACAAUAACUAAUAACAAUAUGAGUCAAAAAUGGUUAUAAUUGAUAUAAAAAAAGACUCGUAUCUUAAUUAUUUUAUGAUAGGGCGAUGACAAUACUUAAAUGUCUAUUAAAUUUAAAUUCAUCAUUAUAUGUAUGUUUCUUAAAAAUCAGUUUUGUAAUCUUGAAUCCCUUUGUAUCUCUAUCAAUUCUGUUAAUAAGAAUAACGGUGUGGAGAGAAAAAAGAAACAGGGUAAAGGAUAAGGUACACGAUACUAAUAAUCAUAUGAGAAUUACAGUAAGAAAGGGCACAUGACACUGACAAGAAUCUUGGCAGAUUUUAUUAAAACAUAAUUGACCGUUACACUUAACACAGGAGUUACAUUAGGUUACUUGGCAAAGCAUGAAAGAUACGACUAGAAUAAAGUAUUUUCGCUCGCCGACUCCUCAUGGUGAUCGGUUAGUAUUUUCCAGCGUGAAGCUUCUCACAUGAAUUUUCGAUAUUGAUACCGAUACUCGAUCUCAUUCGUUUCCUAACAAACUUUGCGUGCCGUUCCGAAACAUCCGGGUCGCGCAUAAUCUAAAACGUAAUCGAGCACUACGCUCUUUCAAUUUAAACGAGACGUAUUUUACAAAUAUACCUGUGAGCCCGAAUGAUUAAUGUAACGUAUCCAGUCAUAAUCUGCCUCAUUCGAUGGGGUAUACGAACGAAAGAUGAUAAUAAAAAUCAUCUUGUACCUUA